AAGAACACCAUUAUAAUUGGGAAAAUUGCACUUUAUCAUCUUUUGGUUGGAUUGAAGCAGAACAGAGGUCACCACUGAGAUCCAUAGAGGAGAGGAAGAGGAGGCCUGUCUUUGUGGAAGACACGUAAAGCAGCACAGCCUGGUACUGCCUCCCCAUUUUGGAUAUUUCAGACAGAGCUGAAGCAGUGAGAAAAUGAGUGUUCUUCUCAUUGAGGCUUUUUAUGGCGGUUCCCACAAACAGCUGAUGGAUCUUCUUCAAGAAGAGCUGAAAGAAGAAUGUGUCCUCUGUACGCUCCCUGCCAAGAAGUGGCAUUGGAAAGCACGGACUGCUGCUCUUUAUUUCAUGCAAACGGUGCCAGCUAGUGCUAAUUACAGGAUCCUCUUUGCAAGCUCCGUGCUUAACCUGGCUGAACUCGCUGCCCUGCGCCCUGACCUGGGCAAAUUGAAAAAGGUCCUCUACUUCCAUGAGAACCAAUUGGUGUAUCCUGUCCAGAAGUGCAAGGAAAGGGAUUUCCAGUAUGGAUACAACCAGAUUCUUUCAUGUUUGGUUGCUGAUAUUGUGGUCUUCAACUCUGCUUUUAAUAUGGAAUCAUUUCUUACGUCCAUUGGAAAAUUUAUGAAGCUGAUUCCUGACCACAGACCUAAGGAUUUGGAAAAAAUAAUCAGACCGAAGUGCCAAGUUCUUUAUUUUCCAGUCAGGUUUCCUGAUGUGAGCAGGUCAGUACAUUUUCCACGUCAUAAAUUGCCUCCAGUCUGUCAAAACUUACCUAUUUAUGGUGAAGCUUUAACUAAUCAGUUACAGCAUUGUUAAGUAAAGAGCUGGAAG